AAAACAAAGGGUUUUACUCCACCACAGGACUGCUAAUGCUGUCAUCUGCAGGUUUUAAUCAUGUUUGGCAUCAACGGACACAAGUGCACACAUGGAGUACAAGGGUUGAUUCUGUGGGUUUUAUUGACCAACAUCAUGCUGCUGCUCUACUGCUUAACAAACCCAGCCCAAGUGAAGAUGAGGGGCUCCCAAGAAGACACGUGUCCACACAGCAUGGCUAAAAAUCUUAAGGAAAAUGUGACCAAGCCUUCUCAACGCAGCAAACCCCAGUCAGACGAGUGCUCCCCUGCAGUCAACGUCAUGUUCAUGAAGACACAUAAAACUGCCAGUAGCACCAUCCUCAACAUCCUCUUCAGAUUUGGAGAAAAGCACAAGCUCAAGUUUGCCUUCCCCAAUGGGCGCAAUGACUUCCUGUACCCAUUGCCUUUCCAGAGCUCCCAGGUGAAGGACUACAGGCCUGGGGAUUGUUUCAACAUUGUUUGCAACCACAUGCGCUUUGCCCCCCAAGAAGUAACCAAGCUCCUGCCUCCCGAUGCUGCGUACAUCACCAUCUUACGAGACCCGGUGGAUCUCUUUGAGUCGUCCUUCCACUAUUAUCACAGGGCGGUUCCUCUUACAUGGAGAAUCACUGGAGAGAACAAACUGGUGGAGUUUCUGAAGAAUCCUCAGACCUUCUACAGGCCAGAGGCCUACAAUUCAUUCUACCUUAAAAACCUGCUCUUCUUUGACUUUGGUCUUGAUAACAACGUUGAAGCUGAUGAUCCUGGUGUGAUGAGGGGUAUUCAUCACUUAUCCAAAUUUUUCCAUUUGGUCCUCAUGGCAGAAUACUUUGAGGAGUCUCUAAUCCUGUUGAAGCAUAAACUCUGUUGGAGCACCGAGGACAUUAUAUAUUUUAAGCUCAACGCUCGCAAGAAGUCAUUUGUAUCUGAACUGACCCCUGAGCUCAGAGCCAAAGCGUUGGAGUGGAAUGGGGCUGACUGGAGACUCUAUCAGUACUUCAACACCACCUUCUGGGCCAGAGUGGAGUCCUUUGGGAGGGAGAGAAUGAAACAAGAGGUAGAUGAGCUGAGGAGAAGAAAUGCAGAGAUGGAGGCUAUUUGCAUCGAGGGAGGGAAUCCAGUCGAAGCCCAAAAGAUUCAGGACAGUCACUUCCUGCCCUGGCAGCCGGUCGGAGAGUCUUCCAUCCUGGGGUACAACAUGAAGAAAGACAUCGAUCCUAAAUUCAGGACACAGUGUGAGAAAAUGCUCACACCUGAGAUCCAGUACCUGUCAGACUUGGGUGUGAGUCUGUGGCUCACUCGACUAUGGGGUUGGGUAAAAGAUGCUGUUUUCACAUUUAACUGAAACUGAUACAUUUAUAACUAGACUACAGUAACCCAGUGACAUGUACACGAUUCCUAUUGUAACAAAUGUUUUCCUGUUAUUUAAGUACAGUUUGCAAGUUUUUUUUUGAAUGAUACCUCCAUAAUGUUAAUUACGGCUGGAUUACAGUGAUCUCAGUGACCCUCACUCAUCAUCUAUUGACCCUCAACUAAUUCUCACAUUUUGUUGUCAAUUUUAAAACAUACAUCUUUGUUGUUCACUGCAAGUACAAAUGUUUCUGACUCUUUUUGUUUUUUUGGACUCAUGGUGCUAAUUUAAUGUUGAGCCAACAUUGAGAACAGGAAGUGACUGAAACCACUGAGCCACUGGCUGUGGCUGUGAAGUUGUGUUAUUGUGCCAUCUAAAGGCCUGAGACUUUAUUGGAGUCGUUUGCGUUGCGUUUGAACUGUUGUGGUCUAGCUUGACCCUGUUGCUGUCGUGAACAUAUCGUCAUUGUUGACAGUAUUAAUGGUUUCACAUGGCGAGCAAAAAACUUCAAUUCAGGCAUGAGACAUUCAGUUUGGCCACUUUUCACAAAACCUCACCUCCCCCACCUUCUCACAAACUGAAGAUGAGUAGUCUUUCCUCUUUGUCAACACACUAACUUUACUUGUCUUAGUAAUGUUGGUUUUGGUUGUAUGUUUUAACCUUAUAUACAGUCUAUGGUUUUAACUCAGGAAAUGCAGACACAUGACAAAUCAACUUGUGGUACAAGCGUCACUGAUAUAUCCACCCUACACUAAAGCUGCACUAAAAACAAAUGAAGUUGAACCAUCAAGAUGAGCUUUUUCUUUUCUAUUUUUAUGAGUCAUGUGAUUUUAACUUUUGGUGAUCUCCAAACUGCAAAUGUAUGAACAACCACUGUUAACCCAUCGUCUGUUUACUAAUUUUAGUUGAAAAGAAAUACUAUUUGACUUAAAUAAAGAUGACAAAUGAAGCCUUCA